GCGCAAUCAGAGACGUAGUGGAAUUACCACCUAGUUAGCAAGGUCACGGACGGCGUCUGUGUACGGCACCGUGGACGAAGACCAGCCGCCGAGCGGGUUCUCCGACUAUGUCAUGCCGCCUCGUUGGUUUCCACGCAUCCGAUCUUCCCAGCAACGACGAUGAGCUCGUUGCAGCCGAGCGCGCACGACGUCUUAUCCGGCCACUUAGGACACCUCACGGAUACGCAACAGCAGGCGUUCACUACUUUCAAAGAGCAUAUCACUGCUGCGAACCUGUACAAACCGUCGGCAUCCUCGGAUACGGCACCAUCGCAUGACGAUGCUACUCUCUUGCGUUUCCUGCGGGCACGUCGUUUCGAUCCUGUGAAGGCACAAGAACAAUUUGCACGCGCAGAAAUUUGGCGCAAACAGCACGAUGUGGACCGACUAUAUGCGGAGUUUGAUCCCGAAGAGAUGGAGAAGUCUCGUCGGUACUAUCCACGCUGGACGGGACGCAGGAGCAAGACUGGACUGCCCCUGUAUGUCUACAGAUUGGCGUCACUUGCAGGGCAGCGCACGUCUGAGCUGCAAGCUGUCCCAGCGAAGCGAAGAUACCAGCGGAUAGUUGUACUCUACGAGAAUAUGUGCCGCUUUAUGUUUCCAUUUUGCAGUUUCCUACCACAUCCCUCUGCUCCUACACCGAUCUCCUCGACGAUGACGAUUAUCGACCUCGAAGGCGCCUCUCUAAGCUCGCUGUUCACUCUACGCAAUCAUCUGGGUGAAGCCAGCAGUUUGGCCACUGCGAAUUAUCCCGAGACCCUUCACACGAUCUGCGUCGUCAACUCGCCUUCCUACUUCCCCACGAUAUGGGGAUGGAUCAAAGGCUGGUUCGACGAGAACACGCGAUCCAAGAUCUUCGUGCUUGGGAAGGUGACUUCAGCCGCGGAUAGCAGCAGCGCAUCCGAUGCUGGAGCGACGCUCCGCACUCUCGUGGAUUCGGCAGACCUCCCGCGCGUGUACGGUGGCGAACUCGACUGGGCUUAUGAGGACGAGCCGUCCUUGGACGACGCUGCCAAGGGCGUCCUCGGCGAGGUACCAAAAGGCCCGACUAUAUUCAUCGACGGACAGGCCAAGAAGCCGUAG